AACCGAAACACGCCACACGAUCAACAGCUUACGUCACGAUCCACUUAGCGCACCUGAUGAAAACACCACUAGAGAACAAAAACGUCGCCCGAAAUAACCGGCCGGUCAUCCAUUACUCAAGAGAUCGGUCAAUAAUAAAUAUAGCCUCGUGCCAUUAAUCGAGGAGGAAUCCAGGGCUGACCAGAUGCUGGACCCUCCGACGUUUGCGUGGACCAUAAAAUUUCGAGUGUUAUGGGAACGCGCGAAUAGAAACAGACGCGAUUUUGCUUCUAUUCGAACGCGCCGUGUCGAAAGACAGCGUAUAGGCGUCCGUGUGCGGGUGUUGUUAUGUGCGUAUAUCAUCUGCCUAGCGCCGAUGCUGCUCAGCGACGAGAAGUACGGCAGGCAUCAGCAGCACGACCACUGCGGCAGGCAGCACUACCGCGAGACUGAGUACGAGCUUUUCCUGAAGCCCCAUCACAGGGAAUUCAGGGCGGGCAGAUUAGACAGAAAAUCAUCUAGAGGAAUGAUCUACGAGAACGAGGAGCUACGUUUGAGGACCAUCAACAUCAACGCCGAGAUUGAAAGAGGCCAAUACGACAUCAAGAAAUUGAAGAAAGAAAAUGAGCUGCUCAAAAAAGAGAUAUGGUGUCUCAGAGACGAAUAUGAAAAACUGGACAAAUUGCUCAAGGAGAAAAACAUCGACUUCUCCUCUUCGUCGACCACAUCAGAUUCGGACAGUUCCAGCUCCUGUCUGGACGAAUCGGACGACGUCGAGAACUGCCAAAACUUCGAAAACGACCAAAAGACCAACAUGGGCAACCUCGGGAGAAGCUUCGCGGCGUUAUCUGUGGUACCAGAGGAGAGCACCGAGAACUCGGACCGCACCUCCGAUGGAACGUCCCUGGUCAACGACCAUCCUCCGUCCCAUCACCAGCCCGACGGCGACGUCAUUCAAGCGGACGAGAGCUACCCCAGCUACGAGCACAGCGCGACGCUCAAGAUGCAGAGCUUCGCCUCUCGGGACACGCUACAAGCUAGGGAGGUCGGAGACCAAAGGACCAUAUCGCCAUGCGAGCAAUACGAAGAUGCCGUCCACCAAUACAUCAGCAACAAGAUCGUCAACACAGAGGCGACCAACUUCUACCAAAACAUUGUUCUUGUGCCAAGACCGAGGAGUCUCCAGGAGGUUGAUCCUUUGGAGAAGGCAGGUACUGACGUAUUGGCCAAAACAGACAACAGGGGCUUCGCGGUAGAACCCAACGGAGGAGGUGGAGACUACUUGGCGCAAUUCGCAGACGAUUUUCCCAGGUAUUACCAGAACUUCGGGACCACCAGCAGAAGCACCUUCAGCAAUGGAGGCAAUCUGGAAGAGCUACUGAACGACAUCGAGACCAUCUCGCAAGACAUUCUGGCCAUCUCCAACGGCGACCAUGCAGACCAUAACGUUCCUUCUAGGAGGUGCAAGAGUGACAUCAAUCCGGAUGAAGGUAAAAAUCAUGAACAGUCAGAGAAACCGUUCAAGAGCGAGCUCAACGUGACGCUGAUGCCUCAACCGAUGGCUCUGAUAGGCCUGGAGAAGUACAGGGAUUUGCAACGCAGCAUGAAUACGACACCUUCCAAGUCGAUGGAAAACCUCUCCGCGAACGUUUUACAAGAUAAUCAACUGACUGAGAAGAAAGACUUCCAGCAGUUCCAACUCUCUACAACUGACAUAUCAGAUUUCACACCCAUCUGUCCUGCAACCACCAACAUUAGUGACUAUCAACCGACAAAACCCUCUUCCAACCUUCCUUCUUACCUAGCCAAUCUUAAAGAUAACUACGUCAGUGGAGAUUAUUUUUCCAAAUACAAUCCUUGCAACUUCCCCCAACCAGAAAAACCCAAACCGGUGCCAAAAAUCCUUGUGAAACAGGUCUCACUUGAUCUGCUUUCCAGCGAAAAUGAUGAAAAUGCCAAAAUAAAACAAGAACCAAAAGUACAAAAAGACACAAUCUCAGAAGAAACUCCCAAAAAAGAAGAUAAACAAAAAAUGGGACUCAGAAAAAAAGUUUCUAUACACUUCCGGGGAAAGAAAGAGAAACAAAAGAAAAGUUUAGAAGUACCAACGAAUACAUUAAAAAAAAUUUCUCCUGUACGCGACAAAAAAACACAAGAGGAAACGAAAACCGAGAAAAUGAAAAUUUCCCAUCAGAAAACAUCAAGCAAAGAUUCAAACAAGACAACCUCUGAAUCCGACUCAAAAAACAACCCUGACAGUAGAAGAACAGUAGAAAAAAAUGAAAACGAAAAAAAGCAAAGAAAGAGCGCUUCCGUAAGUCCAGAUCGAAAAAAAAGGGAAGAGAAGAAAUGCAAAAAACACAAGAAAGAAAGAAUUAGGAUUCGAAGGGCAACCAUAACGAGUCUUGAGAGUAGAGACCAUAGAGCCAGAUCCCAUUCAGUCAAUACAGAAAGAUCCAACACUUAUGGUGGCUCACAUCUUUUCUAUGAAGACUAUAUGAACUCAGAUAGAGACAGUAUCAGUAGUUUAGAAACUUUAAAGACAAGACAGAUGAAUUUUUCUAAUGUUCCUAUGGCCGGUAAAGUGCCCUGGUGUGGCUGCUGGGGAAACGGUUGCAUUUAGUUGGGUACUUUAAAUAUUCGGAUUAUAAAUUUCAUUUUAAAUGUAGAAUAUUAUAUGGACUAUUUUAUAUUAUAAUAAAUUAUUUUAAAUAUAA